ACGGGGACCAAGGCUUCGAGGCCGUUGCGUGAUCAGCGAGCCCCGCAUGCGCUAUACAUCAUUCACCGACUUCCUCACUCGCAUCAUCGACGACGACCGAGCACGCCGUCGCUGUGUCUCCUGCUAACUCACACCACUUUCCUGUCGCUUUCGUCUCCUUGUCGGCCUUGACGAAUCCAGUUGUUUCUGCCGCAUGAUUCGUCAGUGCCUGUAAAGACUAGACUGCCACCCCUCUCUAUCCUUCUCACUCUGCGGACUCUCCUUGUCCAGCCACGCACCCCUCUCCUUGUACCACUUGCUGUCUGGUAUCGCGGACCACAUAGUAUCACGACUCGAGAUCCAUCCCAAAAGCGCCAUCAUGUCCAACUACCUGAAUACCGGAAGCAGAGGUCUUGGACCGUCCACAGAUGCAGGCCGGACUCGAUCAGAAGAUUCAUGGGUCGAGAUCUCCUCACAGCCUUCGUCGUCGUCGCUCUCUUCCGCUGCCGAUGAGAUUGUCACCACCGGUCUCCGUGUCCAUCAACCGCCAGCCUCUUCUCGCCGAAGACGCCAAAGACCCGGUCGACCCUCUCGGCUCAACAUCGCCAGUCGUGCAGGCAGUGUCGGAGCUGCAAGCAGUCAAGAGGAAUAUGAAGAGAGCGAAAGUGAUGACGACCAUGUCAUAACAUCUUCAAGCGAAGGACUCACGCUUCCUGCCACCCAUACUAGAAGCGCCAUGGUCGAGUCUUCCGACGACGAUGAGAACAGAACUGCUGUCAACUACCCUAUCAACAAUGAUAAUGCCUUUACACCUCAACCGAAUGCCUUCUCUCACCCCUCAGGCCACUCUGUCAGGCACGCCAGUCAGCCUGUCCCAGGCUCAUACUUCCCUGCUCAGCCUGAGCGUCGUCACUCGGCCAGACACUCAUACCCUUCUCGUUACGAGGCCAGAGUUCAACACUCGCCUUACAACCUGCUCUCGCCAAACCACAACGCAGCUGCUGACCAUGAAGCCGCUUUACGCGCCAGUCUCUCCACCUUGCAGUCGUUUGCCGCCGCCGCUCGCGGACUGCCCAAGUCCAACACGCGCCCUACAACUGAUGCAUCAAGUCCAGCUUCGAACAGGAUCCAGCCAAACACACUGAGAAUGGUACCUGCCUCUGCUCUCGAGAACAACUCACCUCUCACAGCUCAAGUCAACGAGCCCACCUUCAAGCCAACCAUCCGCCGUGCCUCCACAUCCACCUCUGCUUCUGCCGACGUCCGCUCCACAAAGUCCGAGGCUAAGCGAAAAGGAAUAACAACCAGAGGCUCUUCCAAGGAACGCAGAGCAAUCAAGAAACGCCGCGACUCCGGCGCAGUUUACAGUAUUGACGACGUCAAUCCUACAAUGUUCACCUGGAUUGUCGGUGUAGGUGUUGUGGUCUUCGUCAGCGCCAUGAGCUUCACCGCCGGCUACACAACGGGCAAGGCAGCAGGACGAUUGGAAGCCGGCAUGACCGGCACCGGCGAAGGGGCCACAGCUUGCGCACGCGAAGCCGGCAAGAGCGGUCUGGUCCGGAAGAUCAGAUGGGCCAGCACCGUAGGCGUUGGUGCUUGAUUGAGUGGCACCUUGCUGAUGCUAUGCUUCUGAAGAUCAAGCCUGAAGGACUUAGGCAUGGCUGAGCCUCUGUCAUUGUGUUUUACGUGAUUAUGGAAAGAUGGAUGAAUGAAUCUGAACACCAUGGGAUGAUGUUUCUCGGGACUAUUGGCGUAUCGGGACAAGGGCGUUUCCUUCAACGGAGGGCAUAAUACCACUGUUUUUUUUUUUUU